GGCAAUAGGAGAAAGAAAGAAAAUUCUCAUUGUUAUUAUAGAUAGAUUUUUUAAUUUUUCCAGUUCCCGAGUGAGUGAGUUACUAGGAACACGUUUGUUGUUUUUUCUCCACAAGAGAAUGGAGUUUACCUUAGCGACAUCUAGUUUCAUGGGUACCAAAGUGAUCCCCGCCACUCUGUUUUGCAGACGAGCUCGAGCAGCGUCUCUCACCGUCACCGCAAGUAGCACUAAGAUUUACACGAGGCUCGACUCUUGUCUCGUGAUUCCUCCUCCCCCCAUUUUUAAGAAACCGCGUGCCAUUAUCAAGUUCUUGGGAGGCGCCUUCGUCGGAGCUGUCCCUGAACUCACCUACAGUUACCUCAAGGAGCUACUGGCUAAAGAAGGGUAUUUGAUUGUAUCUGUGCCAUACAACGUCACUUUUGAUCAUGAACAAGCUGCCAAGCAGGUUUACCAGAGGUUCAACUCCUGCUUGGACGCGAUUGUCUUAUCUGGAGUUCCAAAUGCCAAUUUGAACCCUCAAGAUCUAUCUAACCUUCCUGUUUUCUCUGUUGGUCACAGUAACGGUGCGCUGCUCCAAGUUUUGACCGGAAGUUAUUUUUCUGACAAGAUACCAAAGGUUAAUGCCAUCAUUUCAUUCAACAACAAAUCAGCCACAGAGGCAGUUCCAUAUUUUGAGCAGCUUGGUCCUCUCAUCCAGCAGAUGAUGCCAGUCGUGGAAGCUUCUCCAUUAUAUGAAAUAGCUCGAAAUGCUUCAGGUGAUGGCUUGAAAGCACUACUCGAUACCGCUGGGAAAACGAUUCUGAACAAUGAUCAAGAAGCUCUUAAGUCAUUUACUAAUUUGGUGGAUCAAUUGCCCUCAGUAUUUGGUGAGGUUGGACAAGGGGUGUCGGAAUUCAGACCAUCACCACUUGAGAAUCGUACUUGCUUCAAAUGCUCCUACAGCGUUCCGCACACUUUACUGGUACAAUUCAACUCUGAUGCAAUCGACGAGACUGAUUUACUGGAAGAAACCCUGAGGCCUCGGAUAGAAUCUUUUGGUGGUACACUUGAAAAGGUUCGGCUGAACGGGAACCAUCUCACACCUUGCAUACAGGACCCCAAAUGGCAAAUUGGGUCUGUUUACACGCCAGCAGACGCUGUGGCUCAGGCGCUAAAGACAAUACCUCUGAGGGACACCCGUGUUCUUUCAAGGACAAUCGUCGAUUGGUUUACAAGGUUUGAGAAUUGAGCCAACCUCGUGUAUUGUUAAGAAAUGGUAAAAAUAUGUAUAUACAUGAGUCAUGGUAUUACAAAUAUCUUUAUUGUUAUUGUCGAGUCAACGCAAAAUAUGGGAUACAAGUCUUGUUUAUGAUUGCUGUAUCAUUGGAUUUGCAAUAAAAUAUUUAUGUGUAUA